UUCACUGUUUACUUGAUUCAUCGGAACGUAUACACUUGGAUGUCGAAAAGAUUUUUAUAAAAUUUUAAAAUAAUAAAAUGGAACCCUUGGACGGCUGCCGCCUGUGCUUGGAUCCUUUUUCGGACAAUGCCAGCUCCCUGGAAAGUGAGGAUUUGCAAAAGCAAAUGCAACAAGUGUUCAGUUUUGCGAUUGAACCAAACGAGAAAUUGUCUACGAAAGUGUGCCAAAGUUGCACGUAUACAAUUUCCGAGUUUUACCAGUAUUCGGAGAAGGUUCGCGAAAACCAGGACAAACUGCUGGGACUUGCCAACGCUAGUGAGGAAUCUAAACCGGUCAUCGACGAUACCGUAAAGGUUGAGCCGUUGGAAGGAGAUGAAGACCAGGAUGAUGAAGAUAGAGACGCGGAUUGGAGUCCGGAGAAGAGACUGAAGCAGGAAUCCAGCGAAGAGAGCGAUGCGUUUAGUGAUGGAGAAAUCUUCGUGGAACAGCACGAGCCUCUGCCUGAGAGAAAACCUCGUCAGAAGCGGAAGGCCGAAACGAGGCCUCGACGGAAGAGGAAUACUGUUCAAGAACCGCAGGAGGAGGACGAGACUAAGCUGAAGAUGAGGCAGGAACGAGCGGAGACUGAUAAGCAGAUCAACCAGUUCUUCCUGAUGAAGUGUGAUAUCUGUGGAGUCGUUGAGGAGACGUUCCAGCAGCUGCGAGCACACUUCUGGAAGUAUCACGAAAUUCGAGGAUACAUUGUUUGCUGCAAGAAGAAGUACAACAAGCGGUACGCGUUGCAGGAGCAUAUGUAUCUUCACGCGAAUCCGAAUGCAUUCCGAUGUGAGAUUUGUCAGAAGAACUACAAGAACAAGGUUACACUAUCACUGCAUAUGGUCAAGACUCACGCGAGCGAGGAAGAACGUCCGUUCAAAUGUGACCGAUGCACUCAGUCCUUCUCGAAGUCGUACAUGCUGAAGACGCACAUGUCCAGCCACGAGAAGGCACAAUGUCCGAAAUGUGAAAAGUUGCUAGCUAACAAGUCCGCCCUGAGUGUUCACCUGAUCAACGUGCACAGCGACAUCGAUCGGCGGAUGAUCUGCGACUCGUGCGGGCAGGAAUUCCUCAACAAGGUCUGCUUCGAGCGGCACGUCAAGGAGCACGCCGGAAUCGAGGUGGUCAAGAAGCUGCAGUGCCACAUCUGCCAAAAGUGGCUCCGCGGCGAGCGAGGUCUCCAGAAGCACCUCCAAUUCACGCACUACGAGCGCGACCAGACGCACAUCUGUGACGUGUGCCAGCAGCAGUAUCCCAACUCGAGGGCGCUGUGGAGCCACAAGCGGACGGUUCACAUUGCGGAAAAGUUCGAGUGCGAAUUCUGCGGCAAGCGCUUCAAGCGGGCCAGCAACCUGAAGGAACAUCGAACCAUUCACACUGGGGAGGUGCUUUAUUCGUGCGAUUACUGCGGAAGCACCAUGAACUCCAAGGCCAACCUGUACACGCACAUCAAGAAGAACCACCCGAUGGAGUGGGCCGAGAAGAAGCAGCGGACAGCGGAGGCGAGCGCACCGAAGACGACCGCGUAAUGGGGGGAGAUUGUGAUAGAUCGAAGAAAUUUGGAUGUUCAAUAAAUUUAUGAUAAUUUAA